GAAGGGUUUGAGAUUGGAGCCUACCAAGGUAAAACAUGCGAGUUUCUGUGUCUCUUCUUACCUCGAGAUCAGUCGGCUUCUGCUUGUCUAGCACUAGCAGCAUCGGCACACGGCAACAGAAAAGGCGACGGCAAGGCCGCUUGAGACUUCGAUUAUCAAAAAUCUGGCCCUUCGUAUUCGUAGUUGCAUUUGAGAGAGGUGUUGAAUGGAUCAGAAAUUUUAGGAAUGGCAGUGGACAAAGAAACCCAACUCUCAGAAAUUGAGGACGAAGACGAACUUGACGAAGAACCUGGCGAGGUGAUCGAAUCACCACCCCCUCUCAAGGUAGGAGAGGAGAGGGAAAUUAGAAGCUCUGGGUUGAAGAAGAAGCUCCUCCAUGCCGGUCAUGGAUGGGAAACUCCCAAUUUCGGUGACGAAGUUACUGUUCACUACGUAGGUACUUUACUUGAUGGAACCAAGUUCGAUUCCAGCAGAGAGAGAGAGGACCCUUUCACUUUUAAGCUUGGUCAUGGGCAAAUUGCGUCUGAGUUGGAUCAUGGCAUCAUUACUAUGAAAAAAGGAGAAGUGGCAUUGUUCACAAUAGCUUCUGAUUUGGGUUUUGGAGCCACCGGUGCCAAGGGUGUACCCUCCAGUUCUGUUAUCCAAUUCGAGGUAGAACUCAUAUCUUGGAUCACAGUGGUGGACAUCUGCAAGGAUGGCGGAAUUAUCAAGAAAAUUUUGAAGAAAGGGGAGAGAAAUGAGCAACCCGGCGACUUGGAUGAGGUUAUGGUGAAGUAUGAGGUGGGGCUUGCUGAUGGAACAAUUGUUGCUAAAACGCCUGAAGAAGGACUCGAGUUUUAUGUGAAAGAUGGUCAUUUCUGUCCAGCAUUGGUGAAGGCACUCAAGACCAUGAAAAAAGGAGAGAAGGCCAAUUUAAUGGUUCAAUCACUGUAUGCCUUUGGGGAGCAGGGAAAAGAUGAUAAAGAUGGAUUUCCUGCCAUACCCUCAAAUGCUGUGUUAAGCAUUGAUCUUGAGUUGUUAUCUUUCAAUCCUGUUGUUGACAUUACUGGUGAUGCCAAGGUUUUGAAAAAGAUUUUGAAGGAGGGAGAAGGCACUAUGACAGCAAAUGAAGGGGCAGCUGUGACUGUUAAAUAUACUGCUAGGCUGGGAGAUGGAACCACAUUUGAGAGAAAAGGCUUUGACAGAGUGGGGCCAUUGGAAUUUUUAUUAGACGAAGAACAAGUGAUUCCUGGGUUAGACAGGGCAGCAGCAACAAUGAGGAAGGGUGAACUGUGCAUUGUGACAAUAAAUCCUGAAUAUGGAUUUGGAAGUGUUGAAGUUAAACGGGACCUUGCUGUUGUUCCUCCAUCUUCAACUAUAUUUUAUGAAGUAGAAAUGCUAGACUUUAUUAAGGAGAAAACACCUUGGGAGAUGAGUAACACUCAGAAAAUUGAGGUGGCUGGGAAGAAGAAAGUGGAGGGCAACAUAUUGUUUAAGAGUGGGAAGCAUCAAAGAGCAGCAAGCAGAUAUGAGAAGGUAAUGCAAAUCAGUUGACUGAAGUAUAAGUAU